AUGACCUCCGUCUACAACCUUCCUGUGUCCUACGAUGCCGUGGACGGCCCGAGGAAAGCGCCUCAAGGCCACGUGCUCGCAACCAUCGACGCCAUGGUCGGGCCGAUGCCGCCCGCCAGAUUUCUGAACCGUUUCCUUCCUCAGCCUGCCUUCUCGAUCCCGAACCACCUCCUCCCCAGCAAUGACGCCUUCACACACGUACCGGACAUGGCCGACAGUGUCGCAGAGAUCUACGAGCCCCUGGCCGCGGCGUUGAAUCAACGCACAGAGGGAGGCCCACGCUGUCCAGGUUUCGUGUUCGACAUCACCGCGGCGCGGAUUGCGCAUCCAGACAGGCGCAGAUACAUGAAGCCGCAUAUAUGCUGCUACAAGGAGCCCAAUCUGGAGAUCGUCCAGGCCGCCGACAAAGCCUCGCGCAUUGAUCUCGGGUACGCCGAACUCUUCAUCGACGUCUCCCCCGACCCCCUCCGUGACUUCUUCAACAACCCCCCGCCGGACGUCCGGAGAUCCAACUACAGCCUGCGAAGCUACCACCACGUGUUCACCGGCCAACGGAGGCACGAGCACGUGGAAGACCUCUUCGGCCAGCACAUCGCGCACGUCGUCGAGGUCCUCGCCCGGCAGUCGCGCACCUUCCUCUUCACCGUUGCCAUCCAUGGCUCGUGCGCGCGGCUCCUCCGCUGGGACCGCUCCGGGUGCGUCGUCUCCGAGGCCUUCGACGUGCGCGCCCGCCCGAACGUCCUCUGCGACUUCCUCUGGCGGUUCUCCCAGACCUCCGACGCCGGUCGCGGCCACGACACCACGGUGGAAUACGCGCUUCCAUGGGAAGAGGUGCGCUUCCGGGACGCCGUCCGCCUACACAUCCUCACACAGCUCGACCCCGGAGAGGACUUGGAGGAGGCCGUCGAGCAGCAUUACGCCCCGGGCCAGGUAUUCGCCGCCCGAGUCUUGCACCAAGACCAUCCGGCUUCCGACGAGCACACGCGACGGUUCCUCUUCUCCCGGCCUGUCGCGUCGUCCCUCGCGCUGCUCGGGCACGGCACGCGCGGUUGCUGGGCCGUGGACGCGGCGACGAGCGAAGUCGCGUUUCUCAAGGACACCUGGCGGAACGCGUAUCAGCAUCCGCCGGUCUAUCUGGCAAACGAAGUGCAGUCGACACGCACCGACGAGCUCCUUGGCCGUCACCGGCCGUCAUGGGCAUGCGCGCCCAUUGACAGCCAAGAAUUGAAAAUCGCACCGCAAGCACGACGGCAUUACCGGCUCGUGUUGGGGACCGUCGGACGGCCUUUCAGCACUCAGCGAGGCACGAAAGAGCUGUUGCAUGCUUGCCACGAUGUGUUUACUGCGAUGAGAGACGCCCUUGCGAGAGAUCGCCGCCUGCAUCGUGAUAUCAGCACAGGCAAUAUCGUCCUGGUGCAGGAGCCUGACAGUGAAACGCGACGGGGAUAUCUCAUCGAUUGGGAGCUGUCGAGCAGGGUGCGCGCGGAUGGGCGCGCGGAGAAGUCCAAAUCGGUGGGUACGGCGUGGUUCAUGGCAAAGCGCCUCUCCAUCCGCCUGCUGGUUCAAGGCUAUCCCCACGUCUUACAGGACGACAUGGAGUCUUUGCUUUACGUGGUUCUCCACGCCGCUUUGCGGUGGCAGCCGCAUGAUUUACCCCAGGGCGCGCCCCGGGAAAGGUGGAAUGUGUUCUACAAAAGCAACCUGGCCACCGCCGCACGCGACGCCGCGGCGGGCGUCCGGUUCGACAGCGACGCGGUCAGGGAGUGGCUGGACACCAUGAUGGCCUUCCACGCCCCUCUCCCCACCCACGGCGCCGAGCUCAGGGACAAGUGGACGGGCGACGGCCAGGCGGUCGACGACUUCUGGACCGACUUCCUCGCCACCCGCGACCUCGAACCCGCCAACCGGACGGAGCACGAGUUCCGGGCCGUGGCCUCGCCCACCGCGCCGUUGGCACCGUGGACGUCGGCGAGCCGCCCUCCUAUGGGCGAAGGCUGGGUGUCGAGCUCGCGCGAGCUUUCCUCCUUUGCCUCGCCCCGCCCUCGCCCCCGUCGCCCUCGCCAUCGCCGUCGGUAUAUCCCUCUCCCUUCAAUUCGCGUUCUCCUACGCCAGUCCCGGAAUUGGCGCCGAGGAGGAGGACGAGGCGCAAAGAAGUAG